AUGGCCAAUAGGAGUGUGCUUGAUAACAAAUCAUCUUCGUCCCUUACUUCUGUGGCCACAGAUUUAGGAUUGGGAACGUUAUAUACAUCAACAGCGAAUGCUUGCAAGCCAGAUACCCCAAGGUUUCAAGAUAAAAUAAAGCAUUUUGAGCUCGUGUCAGAUUCUGCUUCAGCUGAUUGUGUUGCACUCCAGGGAAAUACAUCACACCAGAUUGCUAGAUCUUCCUGCUCUGUUCCAAACUUAUCAGCAAAAUUUGAUUCUGUAGAUUUCAAAUCUCUUAAUAAACUUCUCUUUGAAAAGGUUGACUGGCAGGAUCAGGCCAUAUGUGAUAUCAGCCGAACUUUGUUUCUUCGAAAAUCCUGCGAAGGAAAGAGUAGAGACUCACAUGGUAGAGCAGACAUAUGGUUUGCUUUCCUUGGACCAGAUAGAGUUGGAAAAAAGAAAAUUGCUUCAGCUCUUGCAGAGGCUAUAUUUGGAAAUACAGAAAGUGUAAUCUCUCUGGAUCUUGGUUUCCAGAACAGGUUUUGCCAAUCGAACUCAAUUUUCGAAUGCCAAAAGUCAUCUUCUUAUGAUGUGAUUAUUAGGAAGACAGUUGUGGAUUAUAUUGCUGGGGAGUUGAGUAAAAAUCCUCAUUCCGUUGUCUUUCUUGAUAAUGUGGAUAAAGCUGAUUUUCUGGUGCAGAGUAGUUUGUUACAGGCAAUACGAAGAGGUAAAUUUCCAGACUCACAUGGAAGGGAGAUUAGCCUCAGCAGAACAAUCUUUCUUUUAACCUCGUCUGUCAUCAAAGGCAACAGCUCUUCUGCAGGGGACAAUGGUAAAAAAUUUUCCGAGGAAACAAUCCUUGAAGCCAAAAGAUGUCAAAUGCAGUUAUUACUUGGAGAUACAUCCGAGGAUGCCAAAAGAAGCUGUAGUACAAAUAUCAAGAUUGUGCCGAGAAAAGGGUUUUCAAAACCAUCAUUUCUGAACAAAAGAAAGCAGGUUGGUACUAGUGACUUCAAAGAGAGAACAACAAGCAAGAUGCAAAAACACGUUUCCGAGACAUCAAUCCCCAAUCUGGAUUUAAAUAUGCCUCUAGAAGAGGACGAAGAGGGUACGAACGACGAUGACGACCGUGAACGCAAGUCUGUAGUGGAUAACCUAGACUCCUGGUUUAGUGAUUUAUGCAAUCAAACGGAUGAAAAAGUGGUUUUCAAGCCAUUCAAUUUUGACGAGCUUGCUGAGAAAUUACUAAAAAACAUUAGCAUACAAUUUGAAAGGACAUUUGGUUCAGAGUUUCAGUUGGAAAUUGAUUAUGAGGUAAUGACACAAAUGCUUGCAGCUGCUUGGUUAGCGGACAAGAAAAACUCAGUGGAGGAUUGGGUAGAAAGUGUUCUUGGCAAAAGCUUUUUUGAAGCUCAGCAGAAAUACCAUCCUGCAGCUAAACAUGUUGUGAAACUAAUUAACUGUGAAUCUAUUUUUGAGGAAGAUCCUGAUCUUGGAGUAUGCCUUCCAGCUAGCAUUAACAUGAAGUAA